GUUUCCGGUGUUGUGACUGAAACCCGUCAAUAUGGCGGCGAUCGGCCGCGGCCGCUCUCUGAAGAAUCUCCGAGUACGAGGGCGGAAUGACAGCGGCGAGGAGAACGUCCCGCUGGAUCUAACCCGAGAACCUUCUGAUAACUUAAGAGAGAUUCUCCAAAAUGUGGCCAAAUUGCAAGGAGUAUCAAAUAUGAGAAAGCUAGGCCAUCUAAAUAACUUUACUAAGCUUCUUUGUGAUAUUGGCCACAGUGAAGAAAAGCUGGGUUUUAACUAUGAGGAUAUCAUAAUUUGUUUGCGGUUAGCUUUAUUAAACGAAGCAAAAGAAGUGCGAGCAGCAGGGCUACGAGCACUUCGAUAUCUCAUCCAAGACUCCAGUAUUCUCCAGAAGGUGCUAAAAUUGAAAGUGGACUAUUUAAUAGCUAGGUGCAUUGACAUACAACAGAGCAACGAGGUAGAGAGGACACAAGCACUUCGAUUAGUCAGAAAGAUGAUUACUGUGAAUGCUUCCUUGUUUCCUAGUUCUGUAACCAACUCGUUAAUUGCAGUUGGAAAUGAUGGACUUCAAGAAAGAGACAGAAUGGUCCGAGCAUGCAUUGCCAUUAUCUGUGAACUAGCACUUCAGAAUCCAGAGGUGGUGGCCCUUCGAGGUGGACUAAACACCAUCUUGAAAAAUGUGAUCGAUUGCCAAUUAAGUCGAAUAAAUGAGGCCCUAAUUACUACAAUUUUGCACCUUCUUAAUCAUCCAAAGACUCGACAAUAUGUACGAGCUGAUGUAGAAUUAGAGAGAAUUUUAGCACCCUAUACUGAUUUUCACUACAGACAUAGUCCAGAUACAGCUGAAGGACAGCUUAAAGAAGACAGAGAAGCACGAUUUCUAGCUAGUAAAAUGGGAAUCAUAGCAACAUUCCGAUCAUGGGCAGGUAUUAUUAAUUUAUGUAAACCUGGAAACUCUGGGAUCCAGUCUCUAAUAGGAGUACUUUGCAUACCAAAUAUGGAAAUAAGGCGAGGUCUACUUGAAGUGCUUUAUGACAUCUUUCGUCUUCCUCUACCUGUUGUGACUGAGGAGUUUAUAGAAGCACUACUAAGUGUAGAUCCAGGGAGGUUCCAGGACAGUUGGAGGCUUUCAGAUGGCUUUGUGGCAGCUGAGGCAAAAACAAUUCUUCCUCAUCGUGCCAGAUCCAGGCCAGACCUCAUGGAUAAUUAUUUGGCACUGAUACUCUCUGCAUUUAUUCGUAAUGGACUUUUAGAGGGCCUAGUUGAAGUGAUAACAAACAGUGAUGAUCAUAUCUCAGUUAGAGCUACCAUCCUUUUAGGAGAGCUUUUACAUAUGGCAAACACAAUUCUUCCUCAUUCACAUAGCCAUCAUUUGCACUGCUUGCCAACCCUAAUGAAUAUGGCUGCAUCCUUUGAUAUCCCAAAGGAGAAAAGACUGCGAGCCAGUGCAGCCUUGAACUGUUUAAAACGCUUCCAUGAAAUGAAGAAACGAGGCCCUAAGCCUUACAGUCUUCAUUUAGACCACAUUAUUCAGAAAGCAAUUGCAACACAUCAGAAACGGGAUCAAUAUCUCCGAGUUCAGAAAGAUAUAUUUGUUCUUAAGGAUACAGAGGAAGCUCUUUUAAUUAACCUUAGAGAUAGCCAAGUCCUUCAACAUAAAGAGAAUCUUGAAUGGAAUUGGAAUCUUAUAGGGACCAUUCUUAAGUGGCCAAAUGUAAAUCUAAGAAACUAUAAAGAUGAACAGUUACACAGGUUUGUACGAAGACUACUUUAUUUUUAUAAACCUAGCAGUAAAUUAUAUGCCAACCUGGAUCUGGAUUUUGCCAAGGCCAAACAGCUCACGGUUGUAGGUUGCCAGUUUACAGAAUUUCUUCUUGAAUCUGAAGAGGAUGGGCAAGGAUACUUAGAAGAUCUAGUAAAGGAUAUUGUUCAGUGGCUCAAUGCCUCAUCUGGGAUGAAACCUGAAAGAAGUCUUCAAAAUAAUGGUUUAUUGACCACCCUUAGUCAACACUACUUUUUAUUUAUUGGAACACUUUCUUGCCACCCUCAUGGAGUAAAAAUGCUAGAAAAAUGCAGUGUAUUUCAAUGUCUCCUUAAUCUUUGCUCCUUGAAAAACCAAGAUCACUUGCUAAAACUUACUGUUUCUAGCUUGGACUAUAGCAGAGAUGGAUUGGCUAGAGUCAUCCUUUCCAAAAUUUUAACUGCAGCUACUGAUGCCUGCAGGCUCUAUGCAACAAAACAUUUAAGGGUAUUAUUGAGAGCUAAUGUUGAAUUCUUCAAUAAUUGGGGAAUUGAGUUGUUAGUGACCCAGCUACAUGAUAAAAACAAAACGAUUUCUUCUGAAGCUCUUGAUAUCCUCGAUGAAGCAUGUGAAGACAAGGCCAAUCUUCAUGCUCUCAUUCAGAUGAAACCAGCUUUAUCCCACCUUGGAGACAAGGGUUUGCUUCUCCUCCUGAGAUUUCUCUCCAUUCCGAAAGGGUUUUCCUAUCUGAAUGAAAGAGGUUAUGUAGCAAAACAAUUGGAAAAGUGGCACAAGGAAUAUAACUCAAAAUAUGUUGACUUGAUUGAGGAACAACUCAAUGAAGCACUUACUACUUAUCGGAAGCCUAUUGAUGGUGAUAACUAUGUUCGUCGGAGUAACCAAAGAUUACAGCGUCCUCAUGUCUACCUGCCUAUACAUCUUUAUGGACAACUAGUACACCAUAAAACAGGCUGCCAUUUGUUGGAAGUACAGAAUAUCAUUACAGAACUCUGUCGUAAUGUUCGUACACCAGAUUUGGAUAAAUGGGAAGAAAUUAAGAAACUGAAAGCAUCUCUUUGGGCCUUGGGAAAUAUCGGCUCAUCAAAUUGGGGUCUCAAUUUACUACAGGAAGAAAACGUGAUUCCAGAUAUACUAAAACUUGCAAAACAGUGUGAAGUUCUUUCCAUCAGAGGGACCUGUGUAUAUGUACUUGGGCUCAUAGCUAAAACCAAACAAGGCUGUGAUAUUCUAAAAUGUCACAACUGGGAUGCUGUGAGACAUAGUCGCAAACAUCUGUGGCCAGUGGUUCCAGAUGAUGUAGAACAACUCUGUAAUGAACUGUCAUCUAUCCCAAGCACUCUGAGUUUGAACUCAGAGUCAACCAGCUCUAGACAUAAUAGUGAAAGUGAAUCUGUGCCAUCAAGUAUGUUCAUAUUGGAGGAUGACCGGUUUGGCAGCAGCUCUACUAGUACAUUUUUCCUUGAUAACAGUGAAGAUACAGAGCCAGCAUUUUAUGACCGAUCUGGACCCAUAAAGGAUAAAAAUUCAUUCCCUUUCUUUGCUUCUAGUAAACUUGUGAAGAAUCGUAUCUUAAAUUCGCUUACUUUGCCUAACAAAAAACAUCGUAGUAGCAGUGAUCCAAAAGGAGGGAAACUGUCAACUGAAAGUAAGACAAGCAACAGGCGAAUCAGAACACUUACGGAACCCAGUGUUGACUUUAAUCAUAGUGAUGAUUUUACACCCAUAUCCACUGUACAGAAAACAUUACAAUUAGAAACUUCAUUUAUGGGGAAUAAGCACAUUGAAGACACUGGUAGUACACCAAGCAUUGGAGAAAAUGACUUAAAAUACACCAAGAAUUUUGGUACAGAGAAUCACAGAGAAAAUACGAGCCGAGAGAGGUUAGUAGUAGAAAGUUCAACGAGCUCACAUAUGAAGAUACGUAGCCAAAGUUUUAAUACAGACACUACAACAAGUGGCAUAAGUUCAAUGAGCUCAAGUCCUUCACGAGAGACAGUAGGUGUAGAUGCUACAACUAUGGACACAGACUGUGGAAGCAUGAGUACUGUGGUAAGUACUAAAACUGUUAAGACAAGCCACUAUUUGAUGCCACAGUCUAACCAUCUGUCUCUCUCCAAAUCAAACUCGGUAUCCCUGGUGCCUCCAGGUUCUUCUCAUACGCUUCCUAGAAGAGCACAGUCCCUUAAAGCACCCUCUAUUGCUACAAUUAAAAGUCUAGCAGAUUGUAACUUUAGUUACACGAGUUCUAGAGAUGCCUUUGGCUAUGCUACACUGAAAAGACUACAGCAACAAAGAAUGCAUCCAUCCUUAUCUCACUCUGAAGCUUUGGCAUCUCCAGCAAAAGAUGUGCUGUUCACUGAUACCAUCACCAUGAAGGCCAGCAGUUUUGAGUCCAGAUUAACACCAAGCAGGAUCGAUUUUAAAAAGAAGCAUGUCGGGGGAAUCAGGAGCUUAAGACCUACAAUAACAAACAACCUUUUCAGAUUCAUGAAAGCCUUAAGUUAUGCAUCAUUAGAUAAAGAAGAUUUAUUGAGUCCUAUUAAUCAAAAUACCCUGCACCGAUCCUCCUCAGUGCGGUCCAUGGUGUCCAGUGCCACAUAUGGGGGUUCAGAUGAUUACAUUGGUCUUGCUCUUCCAGUAGAUAUAAAUGAUAUAUUCCAGGUAAAGGAUAUUCCCUAUUUUCAGACAAAAAACAUACCACCAUGUGAUGAUCGAGGUGCAAGAACAUUUGCCCAUGAUGCAGGAGGUCUUCCAUCUGGAACUGGAGGUCUUGUAAAAAAUUCUUUUCACUUGCUACGACAGCAGAUGAGUCUCACGGAAAUAAUGAAUUCAAUCCAUUCAGAUGCCUCUCUGUUUUUAGAAAGUACAGAAGACACUGGACUACAGGAACAUACAGAUGAUAACUGCCUUUAUUGUGUCUGUAUUGAAAUUCUGGGUUUCCAGCCCAGUAACCAACUAAGUGCAAUAUGUAGUCAUUCAGACUUUCAAGACAUUCCAUAUUCUGAUUGGUGUGAGCAGACUAUCCAUAAUCCCUUAGAAGUGGUUCCCUCCAAGUUUUCGGGGAUUUCUGGAUGCAGUGAUGGGGUGUCCCAAGAAGGCUCAGCUAGCAGCACGAAAAGCACAGAAUUGUUACUAGGUGUUAAAACAAUUCCAGAUGAUACACCAAUGUGCCGUAUACUCCUUCGCAAAGAAGUUCUAAGAUUAGUCAUUAAUUUGAGUAGUUCAGUUUCAACUAAAUGUCAUGAGACUGGGCUUUUAACAAUUAAGGAGAAGUAUCCUCAAACAUUUGAUGACAUUUGCCUUUACUCUGAGGUUUCCCAUUUGUUGUCACACUGCACAUUCAGACUUCCAUGUCGGAGGUUCAUACAAGAAUUAUUUCAAGAUGUACAGUUCCUACAAAUGCAUGAAGAAGCAGAGGCUGUGUUGGCAACACCACCAAAGCAACCUAUCGUUGAUACAUCUGCUGAAUCCUGACCUCAUAUUUAUUAUGGAUAUAGAUAUAUUUUAUAUAUAUAUAUA